UUGGCUGAAACUUGAAUCUACAAUCAAGGUGCAUGCAGUCAAACACACAUUCAUACUGUCUGACUUUUUUAAGAAAAUUGAAAAAAAGGGUUGUGCUAAAUGCACUCUCUGCAUGAAGGAAAUUAACUACAGUAACAGAGGAGUGCAUGCCCUGUUUGCACACUGUCAGACAUCCAUACACACAAACAGAGUGACCUCAAUCUUAUCAACUCAAAGUGUGGCACAACUCCUCCGUAAGGAAGAUCCUUUACCAGCUACUCAGAACCAGGUCUCAGCAGCAGAGAAGAUCAGGGAAAGUGUUAAGCUUCCAGUGCCUAUGUGUAGUCGCAUUGCUAAUGGAGAGGCAAUGGUCCUGGCAGUUAUUGCUGAGCACUCUCUACCUUUGACAAUGGCACCUGUGUUGGUGGAGUUCAGCCAGUGUCUAGCUGCAGACAAGGCAGCCCUUAGCCAAAUUAAACUGUCCCGCACUGCAGCUUCUUACAAAAUGGUGUAUGGUAUGGGCCGUACAUUUGCAGAGAAAACAUUCUCUAACUUACAACGAUACCCCUUCUCUCUGAAUGUGGAUGAGAGUACCUCCAGUAGUUAUAAGAAGGUCCUUUCUAUGCUUGUCAGCUACUUUAACGAAGAGCUAAAUGAUGUUGUGGUUGAACACCUGGGCUCCCUUGAAGUUGUAAAAGUCAGUUCAGCCAGUUUGGAGAGGUUGAUGUGUGACUUUUUUCAGAAAAAGGACAUUCCUUGGUCGAACCUUAUCAGCAUAAUGCUAGACUCAUGCAACGUGAUGCGCGGGAGCAAAUCAGGGCUGGAGACAAGGAUCCGAGAGAGGCAUUGUCCCACUCUGCUUGAUGUGGAUGGUGACUCUUGCCAUCAUGUCAACAACGCUGCAAAGAGAUUUGCAGAACCUUUUGAAAACUACUUGGAGCAGCUCUUUGCAGACAUCCACACAGACCAUCAAUGGGCAUCAGAUCAGUUGGCUUACCUGAAAGAAAUAGCAGAGUUCCUGGACAUACCUGCCACCAAUCCCCAGCGAUUUGUCUCCCAUCGCUGGUUGUCAGCUUAUGAUGUAGGGAUCAACACUAAAAGAAUGUUACCUGUGUUCAGAGUGCUCUACUUUGGAUUUAUGGGAAAGCAGGACCAAGAACUGUACAAUGAAAUAUUACAGGACCUGUACAGAGAUCAUAGUGUGAGUGACAAGGCUCAGCGAAGGGUUGAAUUUAUUCACCAGGAUCUCUGCAAGAAGGGAAUGACUGAUUUGGGGAAGAAAAGGAAGGCCUGAAUUGUAAAGAAGAUUUGGGUGGAAAACCAAAAAGUGGACCUGAAUCUUAGUGUGUACCUUAGUGUCCUCCCAAUUUUGAAGGAAUACGUGAUGGUCUUUCAAGGAAGUAAAACCUUGGUUUACAAGCUUCAUGACAAGCAACUUGAAGUGUUCAUCAACUUUCUUGCCUGCUUCAUCAAGCCCGAGCAUCUGAAGAUGUCGCCAAACAAAUUGCUAGAAUUGGACUUGGCCAAUA